AUGGCAUCUAACUAGAUUUAACAAGAAAAGAAAGGCUAAAAAAAGGAAAGAACAUAGGCAUAAGCAAAAGUUGAACUUUUUGCAGAAGUAGAAAAAGCUAAAGCACUCUUAAUAGAAGGUGAAAAUGAAUAAGCAAUUGAAGAUGCUUAAAGGGCUAUUAUAGACUUGAAAGAAGAUUUAGGAGGUGAAAACUCUGUAUUGCUUUUACCAGGGUAUUUUAUUCUUGCUGAGGCUUACAUAGCUGAAGGAAAGCUUAAGAAAGCAGAAGAAUUUCUAAUUGCUGCUUAUUGGAACUUUUCAAAGUAUAAUAAAAAGCUUGAAAAAAGAGAUGAGCAAUUUGGAUAAGAUGAUAAGCGUAGAGAUGAUGUUGAAAUUAUUAAUGAAGAUGAAGCUGUACACUAUAGGGCAACUCUUCAUAAAACUUUUUCAAAGCUAUUUUUAGGAUAAAAGGAAUAUGUGAAAGCUUUAGAUGAACUCAAAAGUGGUAUUUAUAUGGAUAGCAUGAAGUAUGGUCCUGAGCAUAUAAUUACUAGUAUUAACUAUUUUUCUAUGGGAAAUAUAUUUUUGCAAAAAAAGCAAAUAGCUGAAGGAGAAGCUUUUUAUGGAAAGACUGCUGAAAUUUGGUACAAUUAUUUCAAGGUAUAUUUCAAAAGAGUAGAUCUAGCUGAAGGAAAUAAUGAAGCUUAAAAUCCAGAUGAUAUGCUUGUAAAGGAAGCCUGUGACAUUUUGCAGACCAUACAAAUUUAUUUUGAAGAAAGAUACUAGGAUGAGGAGAGAAAAGCUGUAUUUGUACCUUUACUAAACUCAUAUAGAGCCCUUGCAUUAAUUUUUAGAUAUGCUGACCAAGAAGAUAGAUAUAAAAGAUACAUUAAUAAUGCAUACUAAGAGUGUUUAAGAGUAAAAGGUCCUAACCAUAAGAAGACCAAAAAAUUAUUAGAAAUGCUUGACAUGACAAAAGAAUAUUAAGAUUGA